AGAAGUCAAGAAGUGGUUUUCUGAGGUUUCUCUCAAAAAUCAAGACAAAAUGGCAUCCAUACCAGUUAUCGUGAAGCACCAGGGCAAACGUCAUGAGGUCGAGCUUGAUCUAUCCUCGAACGGUGAAACGCUUAAGUACCAAUUAUAUUCCCUCACUGGCGUGGAACCCGAACGACAGAAAAUUCUGGUCAAAGGAGGACAACUCAAGGAUGAAACUCCAUUGUCCUCGCUCAACGCCAAACCGGGCCAGACAUUCAUGAUGAUGGGCACGCCAUCUGGAGGCCAAGGCUCCGGGGAUUUGGGCCGCCCGAAAGAAGCAGUGAAGUUCCUGGAGGAUAUGACGGAGGCUGAGGCUGCAAAAGCAGAGGGAGCUACCCCAGCUGGUCUUCAAAACCUGGGUAAUACUUGCUACCUCAACUCUACGCUGCAGACAUUGAGAAGUGUUCCCGAGCUCCAACAGGAGCUUCUGAGAUAUCGCCCUUCGGCAGGUGCUGGUGGAUCAUCGAACCUCUCGGAUCUCAGCAGUUUUGGUCUUGGUGGUCUCGGCGCCUCAAUGGACCUGACUGCUUCUUUGCGGGAUCUAUUCAAGCAAAUGUCUGAAACACAGGAGGGAUUUCCGCCUCUUAUGUUCCUGAAUGCUUUGAGGAAUGUGUUCCCUCAGUUCGCUCAGAGAGAUCGAAACGGUCAUGGUUAUGCCCAGCAAGAUGCUGAAGAGGCAUGGUCUCAAAUCGUAACCCAACUGCGGAACAAGCUGCUAAUCAAGGAGGGCGAGGGCGAAUCUAGCAAUGAAGUAUCUUUUGUGGAUAAAUUCCUUGCUGGAAGGUUUGAAUCUGUGACGGAAUGUGAUGAGCCGGGAGCGAAAGAGGCUGGCGAGCAAGCCACGCCAAGCUCGGACGUCUUCUACAAGCUUGAUUGCCACAUCGGUAAAGAAACAAACCAUUUGCAUGAUGGCAUAAAAGCCGGUCUUGAAGAGAAGAUUGAAAAGCAUUCCCCUACUCUAGACCGUGAUGCCAUUUACACAAAACGUUCACGCAUUGCUCGAUUGCCCAAAUACUUGACUGUGCACUUUGUUCGUUUCUUUUGGAAGCGCGAAACCCAGAAGAAGGCCAAGAUCAUGCGUAAAGUUACAUUCCCUGCCGAGCUUGAUGCGGUAGACUUCUGCACAGAUGAGCUCAAGAAGGAACUUAUCCCUAUUCGUGACAAAGUACGGGAGAUCCGAAAGGAAGAACUUGAUGUUGAGCGUGCUCGCAAGCGUCAGAAGCUUGGCCAUCAGCGGGAUGAAGAUAAAUCUACCGAAGUGGAAUCUGAGUCUCUAGAGCCAAUGCAGAAGAAGAAAGCCGCCGAAGAACGGAAAGAUGCAUCAAAGGCUACCGAUAAGGAUGAUGAUUCCGCAAUGGCUGACGUCUUUAAGUCCGAUGCAGAAUACGAAGCUGAGAAGGCGGCUUCUAUCCUUGCAGCAAAGAAGGAGCUUGCCGAACUUAUCGACCCUAAGCUUCGCUCCGACGAGGGUACCAACAAGUCAGGCCUUUAUGAGCUACGGGGAGUAAUCACACAUCAAGGUGCCAGCGCUGACAGUGGCCACUACACUGCAUAUGUCAAGAAACAAGCCCAUGGAAACAAGGAAGAGGAUGGAAAGUGGUGGUGGUUCAACGAUGAGAAAGUGACUGAAGUGGAGGCGGAGAAGAUUGAGACUCUUUCUGGUGGCGGCGAGUCUCAUUCUGCAUUGAUCCUCCUGUACCGCGCGAUUGACCUGCCCACUGCGGAAGCCCUACAAUCCCGGUUACGCAGCCUAGGAACUCAGUCUCAGCUGUCAUUGCGAUUCGAUCACCAGAUCUCAAGAAGCAACAGUACUAUAACCCAUCAACCUGCACCUGAAAGAUCCAAGUGGCCGCGACGAUUGAUCUAUGCCGGAAUCUUUGGUGGCCUCGGCGUCGCGGCAGGGAAAUGGAUGGACAAUAAGGUUUCUGCGCCGGUAGAACCCGCAACGCCAGAGGAUGUCCUAAAACUGGAGGAGAUUCGUCGAGUAUACGAAAAUGGGCUGCCUAUUGUGCAGGAGCUCCGAAACAAUCCGGACUACGUGGAAGCGGACGUGUAUGGGAAUUAUUCCGAGGAGGACAAGAAGCAGAGGUUUACAUCUGGUCCAUUGAGAGGGAGUCGGGGAUUAGCGCUACAGAAAGUCUUCUGGAACGACAAAGAGCGGAAGGCCAUUAGCGUUGUCUAUCUCGGGAAUGGCCUGGAAGGAUGGCCAACUGUUGUCCACGGCGGAGCUCUUGCCACUGUCAUUGAUGAAAAUCUAGGCCGUGUCGCAAUCCGCAAUUUCCCAGAGCGUACAGGAGUUACGGCAAACCUUGAGAUUAAAUACCGCGCUCCGGUAUAUUCGGGCAACUUCUAUACCUUCCACUCGACAAUUGACCGAGUACAAACCACAGAUCGCAAAGCUUACGUGACGGGAGAAGUACGCGACCCGGUUGGAAGGCUUUGUGUUCAAGCAUCUGCUCUCUUCGUUGUUCCUAAGAAGUAUAAACUUGAGGAGAUUGGGGAGCAGUACUGA